GUUUGAUGUUGAUAGUUCUUCCUAGGAAUUUUUGUAUGAAAAUAUGUAUAAACAGCACUUGAAUUCUGUCAUUAUGUUCAUUUCACUCGAACGCGCAAUCUAUAGUUUAUGACAUUGUCUAUGGUCUUGCCUCUACUCUGACGGGUGUCUUUCUCCAUGGAGAUGAAGUAACUGCAAAUAAAUUGACAAAGAGGGGAUCCGCGUUGUACGCGGAGCGUACAUACGACAGGAACAUAUUCUAGUCAAGGAAUUCAACGAAAUUAGCAAGCGGUAAAAUGGACGAAGCUAAAUUUCUAAAAAGGAAAGUAAGAUCUGGAACAUUGGAUGUCCACCCAACAGAGAAGGCUCUAGUAGUAAAUUAUGACGUUGAAGCACUAAUAUUAGGAGAACUGGGAGACCCUAUGCUUGGCGAUCGCAAGGAAUGCCAGAAAAUAAUUCGAUUGAAGAGUUUGAAUGCAGAUACAAAUGUCUCUCUUUUGGCCAAAGAGGUAAUAGAGAAGUGUUCGUUAAUACACGAAUCCAAGCUGCGUGAGGUUGAACAAUUAAUUUAUUAUCUACAAAAUCGUCGGACAAACGAUACUAGCACAGGUAGUGAUAAUAAUUCUCAUCCUCCAAGACCAGCAUCAUCAAAUUCAGUGACUACAGAAAAUAGUGAAGUUGAACGUGCAGUCAUUAGUAAUGUUGACAGUUAUAUUGAAUUAUUGUAUGAGGAAAUACCAGGCAAAAUCAAAGGUUCAUCGUUAAUUUUACAAUUAGCAAGGGUACCUGAUAAUCUUUUGGAAUUGACAAAAAAUGAAUCAUUAUUAAGUGCAUUAGCUCGAGUCUUAAGAGAAGAUUGGCGGCGCAGCAUAGAAUUGUCUACGAACAUUAUUUACAUCUUUUUUUGCUUCUCAACAUACAGCCAGUUUCAUAACAUCGUACUUGAGUAUAGAAUUGGGUCUCUUUGUAUGGAUAUAAUUGAUUUUGAAUUACGUCGCUAUGACCAAUGGAAAGAGGACAUGGAAAAACGUCGGAAACAAUUUGAGAACACUACUGGUUUAACAUUUUUUCCAGCAGGAAAUAAUGACAACUGUGAUAAAAAGAUUAGAAUCAUUGAUGACAUUUGGAAUAUGGAGGGUCCAUUAGAUUAUGAAGUUAAAAGACGAUCUGCGGAGAUAUCUGUAAUUGUAUCCGAGAGCGAUGUUAAGAAGUUGAAAGAGGAACUCGAGAAGAGUCGCAAGAAAUUUAAGAGUUUAACAAAAAAGCAAGAACAGCUGCUACGAGUUGCAUUUUAUCUGCUUUUAAAUAUCGCUGAAAAUGCUAUGGAAGUCGAAAGAAAAAUGCGUAAAAAGAAUGUUAUCGGUAUGCUGAUUAAAACAUUAGACAGGACGAAUACUGAUUUAUUGAUUUUGGUAGUUACAUUUCUGAAGAAAUUAUCCAUCUUUCGUGAAAACAAAGAUCUCAUGGCGGAAGAAAAUAUUAUAGACAAAUUACCAAGGCUUUUACAAAACAAUAAUGCUGAUCUUAUAUUGAGCACUUUAAAAUUAUUGUUUAAUCUUUCUUUUGAUGCUAAACUGAGAGCGAGAAUGAUUAGAGUGGGUAUGUUACCGAAAUGGAUAAAAUUACUUAGUCAAGCUGACAUAAAAAAUAAGAGUACAAUUCUGGGGUUACUCUAUCACGCUAGUAUGGAUGAUAAAGUAAAAGCAAUGUUUACAAAUACAGAUUGCAUUCCAAUGAUAAUAAACAUGAUAUUAAAUUCUGACGAUGAACAUGUAAGGUCUGAGUUAAUAGCACUUGGCAUAAAUUUAGCUAUUAACAACAAAAAUGCACAACUGAUGGUAGAAAACAAUCGUUUACAAGGUCUCAUAAAAGUUGCAUUCAGAAAUCAAGAUGCCCUUGUAAUGAAGAUGAUAAGAAAUAUUUCUCAACAUGAUUCAACAAAAGAAAAUUUUGUCGAAUUCGUGGGUGAUUUUGCUAUGGCCUUGACUCAGUCUGAUUCUCAAGACUUUGUAUUAGAAGUAAUUGGCGUGUUGGGCAAUUUGGAAUUGCCUGAUUUGGAUUACUCUCAAAUCAUUCAACGUUGUAAUCUUAUACCAUGGAUACGCAAUAAUCUAGUUCCAGGUAAGGCACAAGAUGAUAUAGUUCUCGAGAUUGUUAUAUUCUUGGGUACUGCAGCUUUUGACGAAGAUUGUGCUCGUUUGUUAUGUAAGGCUGAUAUACUUCUCUCUCUUAUUGAACUUCUUAAAGCCAAACAAGAAGAUGAUGAGAUGGUUUUGCAAAUUAUUUGUUUUUAUCAAAUAGCAAAACAUGAUUCAACCCGAGAUUAUUUGAUUCGCGAGACUGGUAAUGAAGCUCCUGGAUAUCUAAUCGAUCUAAUGCAUGACAAAAAUCCUGCAAUCAGAAAAGUCUGUGAUACAUGUUUAGAUGUCAUUGCUAUAUGCGACAAGAAUUGGGCAGCGCGUAUAAAGGUAGAGAAGUUUCGAUCGCAUAACCAGCAAUGGUUGGAAAUGGUUGAAUCUAUAGGUACAGAUUCGAUCAACCACAUGCUGCCGGAUGAUGAUGAUAGUUUGUCUCCAUUCAUUAGCGGUGACUUAUUGAAACACACUAUACUGUUCCCCUCUGGUAACGCAGCAUCAUUUAAUGCGGAUGAUGGAUUUUCAACUAUGAAAAAUUCGUCGGAAUCACCUGAGAAUCCUAGUCGACCUGUCAGCAGGUAUAGAGAUCUCGACGAAAUAGGCGAACUUGUGGCGCGUUCUAAGUCUCGCAUGUCCGUCGGUUCAGGUAUAGAAGAUUUGUAUUAUAAUUCUAGAGUGAAAUUCAGUGAUUCUGAUAGUUCCCAUGUGCUAAUCUGAAGAUUAAUUCAAAUGUUCUGAUAUAGAUGUGACUUAAUUUUUAAAAGAUGCCUAGGAUAUUUUACAUUACCUUGAUAUAUCUUAUAUGUUCGAUGUAAAAAGAAAUGUUUGCUACUAUUUACAAAGACAUGCCUGCUUAAACUGAGAAGUUUAUUAUACAUAUUAUAGACUGGCUUUGAUCUCAUAGUCAAAUAUUUUAGUGCCUUUUAUUUUUUUAUGUUUUUUUAACAUAUUAAUUUUAUUUUUUAACAUAUUAAUUUAUUUAUCAGCGUCAGCUUUACACUGAUGCAUACAGUUCUAUUAUGUUGCAAAAUAAUAGUGUUAAGUCCGUUCGGAUCUCUUUUAUCUUGUGUAAUAGGCUUCAGGCAGUUAAAAUAGUGUAAUGUAUAUGUGAUUAAAAUUAGUAUUCAUUAUAGUUCAAAGGUCUCUUGUAGUAUUUAUAUUGUUAAUAUCAGUUAAUAAAAAGACAAGUGGUGUAUGAAAAGACCGAAAAUAAUAAUUUAGAGUAACAGUAGGGAUGGAAUUAUAUAUAUGUAACUUUUUCUUAUCUAUAUAUUAUAUAUAGUAAACUGUGCAAUAAAUAUAGGAAUAUAUAACUUCUACAUAAAUCUUUUCCAUUUUCUUUAGAAGAUAAUCAAAUACAUAUACCUUCUAUGUUAUUUGUCUCUCAUUUUUCAUUGCACCUCUUGUCCCUUGAUUCGUUACUUGUCACAUUUAUAUUAACACAAGGUGGUAUUUUAUUAUACGAAUCAAAUGCAUGACUUAUAGCUAUCAACUAUUCUUUACGUGAUAAAAUAAAUUAUGAUAUGAAUCUC